CGACGGAAACUAAAUUCACGCCGCUGUCUCGCUUAUUGUGCAGUGAGUCAGAGGAAAGGCUGUUGUUUACUAAGGCAGGCAGGUAGGAGUGCGAAAGAGUUUAGAAAGAAUAACCGCGAAACAGACGGACGGAGAGCGGAGAAGAAGAAAGCUGGAUGUGAAAAAGGAGAAGUGUGAGACUGACACAAAUAUAAUGGAGAAAAGGACCAUAAAGGAGGAGGACUGUGAACGGGAGUGUGUACAGAACAAACAGGAAAGCUUAGGCAUUAAGGAGGAGGACAGUGAACAGGGGUCAGUGGGCAUUAAAGAAGAAGCCGAAGAGAAGGCUGUGAGUAUUGAGACACACAAGCAUACAAGUGUGAAGAGUGUCAAGGAAGAGAUCCCUUAUGAUGAAUGUCAAGAUGGGGUGGCGUCUGAGGUAGUCUCUCCUCAAAUCCGUCACUGUUUGUCUCCAAAACCUUCUGUCAGUGUCCGGUCUAAAUCAUUACAGUCCAACAAACAGAGGGCGGAGAACAUUUCAUCUGUUAGAAAUCAGGAAGAUCAACCACCACCUACAAAUAAAUCUGAGAAAAAGGGAGCACGUCACUGCUGUUCUGAAUGUGGAAAACAUUUCAAUGACAGGAGUAAUCUUCAGAAACACACUCGAAUUCACACUGGGGAGAAACCGUAUGGGUGUAAUGAAUGUGGCAAACAGUUUUCACACAGAAGCCAUCUUCAGAGCCACAAAAGAAUUCACACAGGAGAAAAGCCAUAUUGCUGUUCUGAAUGUGACAAACGCUUUUCUCGCAGGAGUAGUCUUCGGAUACAUAGUAGAAGUCACACAGGAGAGAAGCCAUAUUGCUGUGCCGAAUGUGGCAAACAAUUUUCACAAAGAAACUAUCUUCAUAGCCACAAAAGAAUUCACACAGGAGAGAAGCCGUAUUGCUGUAAAGAAUGUGGCAGACAAUUCUCUGGCCGGGGUAGUCUCUGGUGGCACACGAGAAUUCACACAGGAGUGAAGCUUUAUUGCUGUUCCGAAUGUGGCAAACAAUUCUGCCGCGGGAGUACUCUUGAAAGACACAUUAGAAUUCACACAGGAGAGAAGCCGUUUUGUUGUAAAGAAUGUGGCAGACAAUUCUCUGGCAGGAGUAGUCUUUGGAGGCACACCAGAGUUCACACUGGAGGGAAGCCAUUUUGCUGUUCUGAAUGUGACAAGCAAUUCUAUGACAGGAGCAAUCUUCGGAAUCACGCAAGAAUUCACACUGGGGAGAAGCCCUAUUGCUGUUUGGAAUGUGGCAAAUCAUUUUCACGAAUGAGCAAUCUUCAGAGACACACUAGAACUCACACAAGUCCACAAGUAUAAUGAAGAAAUAUGCUGACCCAUGGGUACCACGAACGUACACAUGGAUGGCUUAUAAAGACUGAACUACAACCAGAAGAUGAACAAAUAAUCACGGCUGUAGAAGACUGCAGCCUGUGGACAAGGCCUUAAUAGAACAAAUUCCACAGCCAAUAAUUGGUGCUUUAGCCAAACAGAACUGGAAGCUGGCCCUCAUCUGAUUGAUGGGCGCGAGGUCCUGAUAGCUAUAAACAUAUACACUGAAAGAUGCACCAAUGUAGGCAGAUUCAGUCAACAGAAAAUCUAUAAAAAGUACAACUUGCUAGCACCAGAAAGGCAGUGGGGCCACAAUCCAUGCUGCAUAAUGCCAAAUGAGAAGGUGUUAGACACAUCGAUACCAAGUGACAGAAAAGAACCGAUGCCUGAAAACUGGAUAUAGUCACCAAGGAAAAACAAUCUAAGGAACCCUGGAUAACAGAAGUAUCAGUUUUAAUGACUACUCCGCUCUAAGAAAGAAGAGGCAAAUAAAGUACCAGAAAAUGCAAUGUGAGAUAUGCCAAGUGUGUAACAAAACAACAGAAAUAGCAUCAGUUAUGCUUGGAUGAACAGGAAACUCUCAGGUCCAUCCAGACAUCCCGCCAAUUACUAUAACUCUCUAUGAAGUGCAAAAAGAAUCAUUAAUAGGAAUAAUGCAGAUGCAAUGAUGAGCCCCUGCUACAAACUUAACAGAAUAACAAAUUAAGCAGUACAAAUAAACUGUCAUGACUAAAGAGUGAGGUUCACUCUUGCCUUGAUAUCAAGCACACCAAGAAACUUUGAAGAAAUCAACCCGACAGAAGCCUGAUGUACUGAACCAUUAUUAGCCUACCAGCCAACCAAUCAACCGAUGAAGACAAAGACUUGUUGAUAUUUGCAGCUGAAGAAAAUGCUUACUGGUGUCAAGCUUUGCAAAAACGUUUGUAUCACCCUACAGAUCUGUCCUGAAGGCCACUUCUCUGUGUUUUAUGAAAAGUGCGACACCUACAUAUUGACAAGGCACCCUUUGUUAAUAGGCAGCUGUCAACAAUGCCUCCUGCCUUUUUAUAGCAUAUUAUUCAGAGUGCAGAAUCGUUUUGAGCCUCGAGAUGACUGGAGCCCUGCUAGUCUCUUUUGGGCUCUAGAAUUAUCAGUCAGGAACCUUAAACAAUCUGUAAGAGUCCAAUCCUUGCUAAUUGAGUCUUGAAUAAUUCUGAUCUGCCAUAUAAUAAGUAAGGAACAGCAGCACUGAGAAGAUGGUGGAGACUACACACAUUGACGCAAGCUAAUCAACUCCUGUGAAAGAUCCAUGCCAAUCACCCAGCUGAAAUAGAAUCUCUUAUUGGAGAUUUCCUCACUAGCAGAGAUGAACCCGAGUCCAACGAAGGCUUUCCUGAUGUGACCUUGGUACUGGCUCUCUGGAAACUGGAGGAUACUGAAGUCCUGUAUGCACACUGUCUACAGUGUACAAAGACUUCAUUAGACAUUGCUGUAGGGAAAGGGCCUUACAGAAUACGCAAUGCUAUGUCACCGGGAUCUACUGAGUAAAACACCAGAGACACCUUAGAGGACCAAACUUUGGUGAUCAGAGACACCGAGUCCAGCUUUGCAGAACUUGUAUAGACCACCAUUGAACAAAAGAACUGUUGGUCAGUCAUUUCCUAACCUGCUUAGUCCUAAACAGGGUUGCUGGAGUCCGCUGGAAUCUAUCCCAGCUAUCAUAGGGCACAAGGCAGGAGCAAACCCUGAACAGGUGAUGUCUACUGCAAAGCAUCAUUGCUGUAAAUGCCUGUGUCUCACUGAUUGAUCUUUCAGUCACAGACAAAUGUCUUUUCUGUGGAGAGACAGAGACAGUCUUUCACUAUUUUUUUAUCUUAGACUUCAACCUGUUUUGAAUGUUUUUAUCUCUGGUUUCAGUGUUCUUAACUUGCCUUUUAAUGAUUGUGUAUUUAUUUAUGAUGUCUCUGGAAAUUUGAGUAAUAGUGAUAAAUGUUAUUUUGGGAAUUUCUUCAUUGGACAGGUCAAGCUCGCCAUUUAUAAAUCGAGAUAAAAGAAAGUCAACUAGGCAAUGUGAUAUGAUAAGGAUAUUUCAUUGCCUUGUGAAAGACAGUUUGUUUAGAAAAUAAAUUCUACAAAAUGGCCACAUAUGUGAAUUCUUUUGUGAAAAGAUGGUGCGAUUUGUAAACUUGAAGAUAAUGAAUUGAUUUUUCUUAUUUGAAAUGACUUUCUGUCUGCUUUGUGAGUUUUAAGUAGCCCCUCUCAUAUAUACACCAAAACGGCUAAAAAGAAUGGAAACUCCUGACUUGGCACUUACAGUCACAGUGAGGGAUUGUGCUAGUGUGCUGCAGCAGUGACAUUAGCUGAAUGGUCCCCCUCAUGUUUGAAGCAAUGAAACCCACCUCAGGAAUCACAAAUUUUCCCAAACAUGAUGGUGCUGUGAAAUGGGGGAACUACAUAAGAAAAGUGUUAUGGAGUGACCAAAAUGUAUGCAAAUAUCCCUAAAAGAGUGUGCACUUUAAUCACUUUUGAAUUAUUUGGUAUAUAAUUUAAAACUGUGGGGCAGAGGGGUAACUCGAGGAAAAAUAGGUCUUUGU